AUGAAAACGAGAUCUAACACCAAAGUUAAAGCAGCUCCUGCUGUGGUUAAGGCCACGACGCCUUUGAAGAAGCUCAAGAGAGAGCGGGAAGAUGAUUUGGAGAACCGUAAGAAGGACGUGACUGAGAAGGAACAAUCUGUUUCGAUGGAGAUGAUGAAAGAAUUAGCUGAUCGUAUGCAACGGAUGGAAGAAAAGAUUGAUUUGUUGAUCUCAUCGAGUCGUUCGAGUAAUGGAGUUGCUGCAGCUGUUAAAACUGGCUCCGUAAAAGCCGAGCCAGAACGCAGUUCGUCUGAUGAUGAGCCUUCCGAGAAAAAGGCUGAAGAAGAUACCAAGACUCCUAGAGAGGAAAGCACUAGUGAUGAUUCUAGCGAGGAAUCUGAUGAAAAAGAGAUUGCUCGUUUUGGCCCUAGUCGUGGUCUUUUCGUCGGUGGUCGUUUUCGCGGUGGUCGUUGUGGCGGUCGUCGCCUUUGUUCAACUUGUUGA